CCCCGCGCGGAGCGAGAGAGCUCGGCGGAGCGGGCGGGCGUCGCGUUUCGGGAGGUCGCUGCACCUGCCCAGCCCCUCCGCCCCUCUCGGGCCCAAGCUCCAAGCUGCCCGCCUAAGAACAGUCCCGCACCAAGGAUCCUAGGAGGACAGCGCACCGGGAGGAUCGCAUGUGGACCGGAGGCGCCGCGCCCCAGCCGGGAUGGAUAGCCGCAUGGGGUCCCCGAGCGACCGGUGAGGCAGCUGCGAUCCCAAAGACCGGUGCCUCGCCCAGCUGAGCCCACAGAUUCUUCAGCCUCGCGGACAAGGGCGGCCGGCGGCUCCCGAGAGGCGGAGCAGGACCGGCCCGAGAUGGCCCGGAGAGCCGGCGCCGUGGCGACAAGCGCCUUCCACGUUGUCCGCGCCCGGGGACAGCCCCGGAGCUGGUAGCUGCUCGCGCCGGAUGGACCUUGACCCGCGAGGCAGCGCCGCGUCCUGCAGAGCCGCGGCUGAGGCGCGCAAGAGCAGCGCGCUGGCGGAGGGCGCUGGGUCCCCGAGCCCUCUCUCGCGCCGGCCAUGAAGAUGAUCCUGGUACGCCGGUUCCGCGUGCUCAUUCUGAUGGUAUUCCUGCUGGCCUGCGCGCUACAUAUCGCGCUGGACCUGCUGCCCCGGCUGGAACGGCGCGCAGCGCGGCUCCCCGGGGACCCCGGGUGCUCCUGUGCGCAGCCGGCAGAGGGGAAGGCGCCCGGCUGGGCCCAAGCGAGGGCGCGUCCCGGGGAGCCCCCGGCCCCUGCCUCAGACGCGGGCGACGCGGGCUGGCCCAACAAGCACACGCUGCGCAUCCUGCAGGACUUCAGCUCCGACCCCGCCUCCAACCUCACGUCCCACUCACUGGAGAAGCUGCCGCCUGCUGCGGAGCCUGCAGAGCACGCCCCGCGGGGCCGGGAGCCUGGCGCUCCGCGACCCCGCGACCCCGCGCACCGUCCGCUGCUGCGCGACCCAGGGCACCGGCGACCGGCCCCGCCCCCAGGGCCGAGCAGGGACAACUCACUCCUGGCCAGGCUGUUCGCGCACCCGCUGUACAGUGGGGCCAUCCCACCGCUGACGGAGGACGACGUCCUGUUUAAUGUCAACAGCGACAUCAGGUUCAACCCCAAGGCGGCGGAGAACCCUGACUGGCCACAUGAAGCUGCUGAAGGUGGAGCAUUCCUGCCCACUGGGGAGGCCGCAGUGGAUUCCUACCCCAACUGGCUCAAGUUCCACAUCGGCAUUAACCGAUAUGAGCUGUACUCCAGGCACAACCCAGCAAUCAAUGCACUGCUGCAGGACCUGGGUGCACAGAAGAUCACCAGCGUGGCCAUGAAGUCGGGGGGCACGCAGCUCAAGCUCGUCAUGACGUUCCAGAAUUACGGGCAAGCGCUGUUCAAGCCCAUGAAGCAAACGAGGGAGCAGGAGACACCCCCUGACUUCUUUUACUUCUCUGACUAUGAGAGGCACAAUGCGGAGAUCGCCGCCUUCCACCUGGACAGGAUCCUGGACUUCCGCCGAGUCCCACCUGUGGCUGGCAGGAUGAUCAAUAUGACCAAGGAGAUCCGGGAUGUGACUCGGGACAAGAAGCUGUGGAGAACCUUCUUCAUCUCUCCAGCCAACAACAUCUGCUUCUACGGGGAGUGCUCUUACUACUGCUCCACUGAGCAUGCGCUGUGCGGGAGGCCUGACCAGAUUGAGGGCUCGCUGGCCGCCUUCCUGCCCGACCUGUCACUGGCCAAGAGGAAGACCUGGCGGAACCCCUGGCGGCGCUCCUACCACAAGCGCAAAAAAGCAGAGUGGGAAGUGGACCCUGAUUACUGUGAGGAGGUGAAGCAGACACCACCUUAUGACAGUGGCCACCGAGUCCUGGAUGUCAUGGACAUGACUAUCUUCGACUUCCUCAUGGGAAACAUGGAUCGCCACCACUAUGAGACCUUUGAGAAGUUUGGGAAUGAGACGUUCAUUAUCCAUUUGGACAACGGAAGAGGAUUUGGAAAAUAUUCCCACGACGAGCUUUCCAUCCUGGUGCCUUUACAGCAGUGCUGCAGGAUCAGGAAGUCCACCUACCUUCGGCUGCAGCUGCUGGCCAGAGAGGAGUACAAGCUGAGCCUGCUGAUGGCUGAGUCCCUGCAGUGGGACCGUGUGGCUCCCGUGCUUUACCAUCUCCACCUGGAAGCUCUGGACCGGCGGCUCCGCAUCGUGCUGCAGGCUGUGCGCGCCUGCAUAGAGAAGGAUGGGCUGGGCAGUGUAGUGGAGGACGACCUGGACACUGAGCACAGAGCCGCUGCGGAGAGGUAGUGACCCGCCACCCAUGAGCAGAGAGACUUGGUCACAUGAGCUACUGGUGAAUUCAGUGAAUUCAGAGACAGGAGGGUCGCACCCAAGUGGAGACCCACAACCCUUCCAUGUGACCCCCGCCAGGACGCGUUUCUUGAGUCUUCGAGAUGGGAGAGGCCAAGAGGAAGCGCUGUGUGUGCUCCUGGGCAGGACAACCCGUGCUUCCACAAGGUGGGGAAGCCUCUGCUGACUUCUGAUUGAGAUUUGAGUGGGGCACACGUGUGCCCAGGCAGCGAUCCACACAGAGCAGGGUCACCUCCCCAUGCUGUGGCUCCUGCCCGGCAGGGUCGCCGUGACAUUGGAUACGUUUUUAUGCUCUGGACUGCAUCCAAAAUGAAAACCCCUUUGCUCCCUGCUCCGGGGCCUCAGACUUCCAGGUGGGAGAGGCUAUCUGGGCCAGAGGCUUCAGAGGAUGGCACAGCCUGUGCUUGGGCAGAUGGGGGCCCCACUCAGCUCUGUGCAGCAGUUAUCCCAGCAAACCUGGGCCUUCCUGUUGUGGCAGCGCCACUCACCGUUGGCUUUGCUUUGGACAGUGGCGUAAAGCCAUCGUGCGGGGUCAGUGGGCACUGAGCAAUAGGCUAACCCUCACAGCAUUUUGUGGAAUAGUUCGCAAUGUGGUAAAAGUGCAAUAAAGAUACGGCAAGCGUGUG